AUGCAUAAAACCUCGUCAAGCGAAGGCAUGCCUGUAAUGGACUUUUCAACUCUUUUAUUGAACUCCGAUAACACUCUUCAUAAUAAUGCUGCGAUUCCGGCCACGGCGGCCAAUCUCAUUGAGACUAGCCAACUGCGCAGGAGAUAUUAUAGUGCACAAGUGUACGCGCAGACACAACGUGCACUCUCUAUUCCUGUCACUCUCAUACUCCAGUGGGACGACCAUUCGACAAGACCAGUGAGAGUUAAGGCGCAGGAAUCUAAAACUAAAGUUGGUCCGACCCGGGACUCAAACCCAGGACCUAAGGGUGUGCAGCCGUACAUGCUAGCCACUACACUAUCGAGGCAGUUAUUU